AUGACAAAUACCGAAAACACCGCCGAACAGGCAUAUCUUGACUUGUGUCAACGUGUCAUUGAGGAAGGAGAAUUCCGCCCAGACAGAACCGGUACGGGAACGAAGUCGCUUUUCGCUCCUCCUCAGUUACGAUUUGAUCUCUCCAACGACACAUUUCCUCUUCUCACAACCAAACGCGUGUUCCUCAGGGGAAUCAUUCACGAACUUUUAUGGUUUGUUUCAGGGUGUACUGACGGUAAAAAAUUGUCCGAAAAGGGCAUCAAGAUUUGGGAUGGAAACGGAUCUAGAGAGUUUCUUGAUAAGGUUGGCUUGACCUCCAACCGCGAAGGUGACUUGGGUCCAGUGUACGGUUUCCAAUGGCGUCAUUUUGGUGCAGAUUACAAGACCUGUGAUGAUGACUAUACCGGCCAGGGUGUAGAUCAGCUCCAGGAGGUGAUCAAGAAACUCAAGACGAACCCAUACGAUCGUAGAAUUAUCUUGAGUGCGUGGAAUCCGAAGGACUUCAACCGCAUGGCAUUGCCACCAUGUCACAUGUUCUGCCAGUUUUAUGUCAAUUUCCCAGCCAAUGCUAAACCCAAGUUAUCUUGUCAACUAUACCAAAGAUCUUGCGACCUCGGACUUGGUGUUCCUUUCAAUAUCGCCUCAUAUGCCUUGCUCACGAAGAUGAUUGCGCAUAUCGUUGAUAUGGACUGUGGUGAGUUCAUUCACACCAUGGGAGAUGCUCACGUUUACCUCAAUCAUGUUGAGGCCCUCAAUACGCAAAUAAAGCGAACCCCUACUGAAUUUCCCAAGAUUCAGCUUAAGGCGGAUCGUAUUGCUGAGAUAAAAACUAUUGAUGACUUUGAGUAUGAAGAUUUUGAGAUAAUUGGGUACAAGCCUCAGAAGACAAUCGAGAUGGAAAUGAGUGUUUAA